AGCCGCGCUACGCAGGCGCACUGCGGCCUGGCGCGGGGCUGCGCGGAGCGCCGGUUCCCAGCGGGAGGGCGCGCUCCCGGGCUCCCAGGAAGCGAAGCGCGCGCCAUGGAACAGCGGUUAGCCGAGUUCCGAGAGGCCCGGAAACGGGCCGGGCUGGCGGCCGAACCCAGCACUUCCAGGCAGAGCGCACAAACCUCGGGAGAGAAGGCGGAAGCAACUGCCACUCCAAAGUCAGCCCCAGGCUGGCUCAAACGAUUCCUGGUGUGGAAACGGAGGCCCGCGAGUGCCCCGGCCCAGCCCAGCCUCGCUCAGGAAGCCGCUCAGCCUGGGAGCAGGACGCCACAGCCCCCACGGAGGACAGCCGUUCCCCCACCGUUGCCUCGGGACCAGUCCUUCCUGACCAGCAUCACCUUCUUGAAGGUUCUUCUCUGGUUGAUCCUGCUGGGACUGUUUGUGGAACUGGAAUUUGGCCUGGUUUAUUUUGUCCUGUCCUUGUUCUACUGGAUGUAUGUCGGGACACGAGGUCCCGGGGAGAAGAAGGAGGGAGAGAAAAGCGCCUACUCUGUGUUCAACCCGGGCUGCGAAGCCAUCCAGGGCACCCUGACUGCAGAGCAAUUAGAGCGCGAGUUACAGCUUAGACCCCUGGAGGGGAGAUAGGAGCAGCUCUGCUGUCACUGGCUAGCCUCCUGCACGUCUUGGCCCUCCUAGCCCUUGGCCGUGGACUUGAGGGUUUGUUCAGGUGCCCCAGACUAAGGACAGCUUGCAGGUUAGUCCUGUGACCACGCAAUUCUACCUGUUUUCCCUGAUAUGCUGCAGUUUUAUUUUUGAACUUCUCUUUGGUUUGGGUGAAAUUCCCUGAAAGAUACUCACUGUGUAUCUGAUGCAAUUAUAAAAAUUACAUACUGGA